GCCUUUAUUCACAUGAAUUAGGAGGUGUUAAAGACAAAAACCUUUAUCCAGUAAGAGGCCAAUCAGUGACAGUGAAGUUGUCUCAAUCAUGUUUGAAAUGGGCAUGUUUUAGACGAGGUUACAAUGGAGAACCAAAAACAGUCACCUACAUAAUACCGCGCGAAAAUGGCAAUGUGAUUCUUGGCGGAACUCUUGAAGAAAAUAAUCCCUCUACAGAUAUUGAUCAUAAUUUAGCUGGAAAAAUUAUUCAACGAUGUCUUGCCACUCGUCCAGAUCUAUUGCCAAAAGACCAAACUGAACUAACAAUUAUAGGGCAUCGAGCUGGUCUGCGACCUUGCCGUAAGGGUGGCGUAAGAAUCGAGGCUGAAUGGAAAG